AUUUUUCUACUAAAAAGGAUGGCAAUGGACAUAAGAAAUAUAGAAUGCAAUGUGACUCUGGACUUUCCAAGCUCUCUGAACCCUCCGAGCUCCAAUUGAAGGCCGUAGAAAUUAUGGUAUCAUCUCUAAAGAAAUUACCGGUUAAAGCAAGAGAAGAUUUCAAUGUAAGAACUUCAAAAAUUGAUAUGACCAAGAAAAGUCACGGGUUGAACCCUUUGCCUAUGGUUAAUAAAACUUAUGGAUCGAAGGUAAUGUUGAAUAACAUUGAUGCAUAUUUAGUUUUCAUAUGUGUAUCUCAGCUUAAUGAGAAAGAUGCUAUCGUAUUGAAUAAGGCUAUACAAUAUUCCCAGAAGGCAUUUGAUGAAGCUCUUGCGAUCAAGGAAACGGUAUUUUGUAUUGAGGCUGUUAUAAACGAAUUUAUAAAAGAACAAAAGGCAUCCAAAGAUCUCAAUAUGGAAUUGAAUGAAUGUCUUAUGGAUUAUAAAAAGAUGUCUGGUAAAAACACACGAAAGAAGACAUUUUGGUAUAAUGUAAAUAAAAAUCCUACUGAUGAUAUUAUGCGUGAUACUGUUUAUAAUGCUUUGGUUGAGGAACAUCCUGAUAAAAUCAUAAAAAUUGAAUAUGCUAAGGGCGGUUGGAGCAAGUAUUGGACAGAA